AUCGUAUUUAUUUUUACAUUUUCAAAAACAAACUCAGAGUGACCUCGAACGGCGAGAUGGAAAACUAAAGGUUUUAAUCAUAAUGUUAGAGGAUUGUUUACAUUUGUAUCAGAAGCAUGGAUGGUUGAAUAAUAAGAGCACUGUAUAGAAAGAUUUAAGUGAAUAUUAAGAAAUGUCUGAAGUAAAGGAAAUUAUUGAAAGUAAUAAUCAAGGCAUUGAAGGAUGCCAAAAGAAAUAUUUAUCAACACUUCCUGAAGCAAAGCAACCAUUGAAGAAACGUAGAAUAAUUCAUUGUGAAAAUUCCAAAGAAAGUGAUGCAAUUUAUAUGAAACAGAAACAUACAGAAGAUAUUGAAAAGAACAUACUAAAUAAAGAUAAAAACCAAACACUUCAUUCAAACGAUAUAUAUGGUUCUGAUACUGAUCGUCCUGGCUUUCUGACAAUGGAUUUUUCAAACAGUGAAACAAUUGUAGAUAAUGCUGGAGAAAUUUUAGUCACUUCUCCAUCAAAUCAAUCCAAUGAUGCUUUAAGUUAUAUUAUGGGAAUGAAUGCAAAUGCUAAGUGUGGUGAUGUAUCACAAUUGUGCAAAAGUCCUGAACAAAUAAAGAAUUUUCAAAAACAAAUAAUUCCAGAAAAUAAUACAGAUAUUGUUAUAUCAAGUAAAGUUGAAAGUGAACCAAAGCUAUGGAAAGACAUUUGGAAUUGCGAACAACAUCAUGAGUUGUUAAAUCAAACUUCAUCUAUGUGUGAUGUGUCAUCAUCAACAAAAAUAAAAAAUACUAGAGUAAGAAGAAAAUUAUUAAUGUCUGGACCAGAUAACUUAAAUAAAUCUAUUAAUGUGGAUGAAGGAAAGUUAGAAAUCAUCGAAAAGAAGAAAAUUCGAAGGAAAAGAAAACAAGACGAGUUUUGUGCACAAGAAAUAGAUGAUAUGUUAGAAGGUAUGCAAGGAGAAAUAGACUACUUAUUGGAAGAAACUGCACAAAAAAAUAAAUUGACAUCAACAAAUGUGAAGAAUAUACUUCGGCAUGUUAUUACAAAUGAAUAUGUUUUAUCUAUGGUACGAAAUACAAUGAAGAUGGAUGAAGGCAAGUAUGAUGAUGUAGAAGAAGCAAUAUAUGAACCAAAGUUAACACGUUCUAAAGCUAGGGAAUUAAUGGAAAAACAAGUUACUUUACCUUGGCCAGUUUCACCAUUAAAAACUAGUAAAGUAUCUACUACUAAAAAAUUAUUAGAAGAAGAAUUUUCUGAGGAUGAAAGUUCUGAUGAAGAAUAUAAACCAAAUAAAGAAGCUUUGUGUCACAGUGAAGAUGAUGAACCUUUAUCCCAGCCAAGCGACAUUGGAUCUCCUCAAUAUUCACAUCCAAAUACUCCUCGUACGCCCUCAUCUGAUACACUUGAGGAAUUUUCAAAUGAUAACUGCUCACCUUCAAAUGCUAUUUCUCAAGAAACAGACAGAAUUGCUUUAAGAACAAGAUCAAAACUUCCUUUGAAUGAUACUCCAUUAGAAGAUAUCGAAGCAUCAUUUGUUGCACCUGACAUUACUAUAGAUAUGUAUGAUUCUGAAUGUGAUGAUGAAGAAUGGAAAGAUUUUCUAAAUACUUUUAGUAAACCUCUUGAUUUUAUAGAUUCAAAUGAUAUGCCAGAAGAUGAUGUAAAUGAUCCAGAGUAUAAUUUUCUUGAAGAAGAAGAUGUCCUUGAUAAAUGGGAUCUCAGAAAUGAUCGAGCUGUGAAAAUUUCCAAACGUGAAUUUAAUGAACUGAUGGCUGAAUUGUUAGAGGCUGCUGAACAGGAAAUAGCAGAUGAAGAAGAAGAAAAUAAUAAUACUGAAAGGUUAUCACCUUUACCAGAUAUUUCUGACAUUGUAAAUAAGCCAGCUAGAUGUACAGUCUUUGAAUUUUCAAAAGUAGAUCGAGAACGUCUUGAUGAACAGAUGAGAAUGCAUAUUCAGUUGCUUACACAAGAAUUUCUAUUAUCUAAAGAUGAUCCUGCUUUGAAAACAGUUUCAAAUAUUGCCUAUGAUUUAUUGGAAGAAAUAAAUAGAUUUGGAAAAAGAGAUUUUCCUAUUGGCCAAAGAUCUGCAUUCAAUGCAUACAAUUUAGAUGAUGCUUGGAAAUUAGUAUCUAGAAAUAAUUUUCUUAAUUUAUCCAGUAAAGCUUCUACUACUGUUUCUAAAACUGCUAGGAGAGGAACUAACAUCAAUUUUCAUACUAGAAAUAUAAUUGCCAAUAGUCGUGUCUUCAUGUAUCCUGAACUUCUACCUUCUUGUGGAUUUUUGUCCUGUACUGAAAAAUCAAAAGUGACUUUUACCCAAGCUGAAGAUCAGUAAUGUAUCUUUUAUUACGAUUACGAUGAAACUUUAAGAUUUUAUAUAUAACAAUUAUCAUCACAUUUAAUAAAAAUAUACAAUGA